AUGCCUGUCAUCGCAGCGACCGGGAAACACCGUCGCAAAGUCGUUUUUGCGUCGACCAGUCAAGGGCCUUCUGCGACACCAGCAAAACCAAAGGGUCGCAUUUCCAGCGCUAACCUGCAGGUAAACAGUCGCACCUUAACGGUGACCAGCCCCGAAGGCCGCUCAUCGUCCACCCAGAGCGGGAAAAUGGGUGAAAGCCAAGUUCAUCCUGGAAUCCCGGCGCUCUUCACGGAGCCGCCUGUGAUUCAGGAUGCUCUUACCACAGAGACCACCGACCUCCAAAAUGAAACGAUAGACAGGUGUCUGCCACUGCUCAAAGGGAUCCACACCAGUCAGAAAGGCCCAUUCAAUCGAUACGGAGUACUCGCGCUUCAACGCGAUGACCAUGUUGCUUACCUUUUCGAUUCCCUGGAGGACUACCCGGCGUCUUUCGUUGCAAUGGAUGCCAGUCGUCCUUGGAUGGUCUACUGGGCCUUGGCAGGACUUUCUCUUUUUGGAGAAGAUGUCACCAGAUUUCGUGAGCGUGUCAUCUCUACAUUCAAAGCUGCACAGAACCCCACUGGUGGAAUUGGUGGCGGACAUGGGCAGAUGUCGCACGUUGCUUCAAGCUAUGCUGCGGUUCUGUCCAUCGCGAUGGUUGGUGGUGAGGAGACCUUCAAAUUGAUCGAUCGGAAGGCAAUGUGGAGAUGGCUCGGGAAAUUGAAGCAGCCUGAUGGUGGCUUUACCGUCUGUGAGGGUGGGGAAGAAGACGUGCGAGGCGCAUAUUGCGCGAUGGUAGUCCAUACACUGCUCAACUUGCCACUUGACUUGCCCCCGGAAGCAGAGGCCCGGCGGCACGGUCUGAAAAGAUUCACAGAUGGUCUUCCUGAGUAUCUAUCCAGAUGCCAGACAUAUGAGGGUGGCAUUUCCGGAAGUCCGGGCACGGAGGCGCAUGGGGCUUAUGCUUUUUGUGCUUUGGCCUGUCUAUGCAUCCUUGGUCGACCUGAAGUAGUUGUACCCAGGUAUAUGAAUGUUGCAACACUUCUCCCUUGGCUUUCUGCCCGACAGUAUGCCCCCGAGGGAGGCUUCUCCGGGAGGACCAAUAAGUUGGUCGAUGGGUGUUAUAGUCACUGGGUCGGAAAUUGCUGGCCGCUGAUUCAGUCGGCGCUCGACGGCCCUCGACAUAGCCCCGAGCAAGAGACUGUUGGCAAUCUUUACAGUAGAGAGGGUCUAACCAGAUACAUACUCUCUUGCUGCCAAUGUAAGCAUGGAGGACUUCGAGACAAACCAGGAAAACACCCGGACUCGUACCAUACAUGCUAUGCCCUUGUGGGCCUAAGCACGGUCCAGCAUCACCAUUACUGUACUGAAUCAAGCUCCAAGGAUGAUCUCACUUCGGUAUUCGCGUGGAAGCAUUCCCCUAAUCUGACCUCGAAUGAUCAAGGAUCAGAUAUGAAUGUAUUCGAGGAGAGUGACCGCCUUGUGCCAUUCCAUCCGGUCUUCGUCAUUCCCCACAGGGCGGCGGAAGAUGCACGCGCCUGGUAUGAAAAUCAUCCUUUUGAACUGUAG